UGGUCACAUGAGGAGAUACGGGCCCCUCGCCUCCUGCUUUCCUCCAACUCGCUCGCUCCCUCGCUUCUCGCUCCGGCCGCUCCAUUCACGGCCUUCCGCGGCGCCGGACGGAAGUGUGGUAUUAACGACAGUAAUACGUGAGGGAAAAAUACAGUAUAGGGGGUGAACAUUGUAGAAAAUUAACUGGCGAUUGGAAUGCAGUGUUGCGAUCUCGGAUAGACCGACCUUGUGCCUAGACAUAAAGGGGAGAGAAAAAUAGUGAAAGAAGAAUAUUAAACGAAUCAGGGAAAAAAAUACGGAAAGAAAAAAAAUAGAUAAAAGAGAAUGUAAAGCAAGAGACCAAGAUAGUUUAUUUUUUGCCAUCUUGCCCUUUGAGACGAGUGAAAGAAAGAAGAGAGCGAAAAAAGAGAAAGUGAAGAGAAAUGACAGUGUAGAGAAGGGAAGAAAAGUAAAGACAAGAGAAGAAAAAGGAAUGUGGAGAUAAGUGACGGAAAUAACAGAAAACUUUAAACUUGUGGCUCCUCGUUCUGCCUUCCUCAGAUCUGUGGCUGCAGAACAUCAGGCAAAGAGAGGACCAAAACAAACCAGGACAUGCGGCUGCACAGAACGCUUUUGCUCAGAAUCCAACGGGAGUCUUGUGGUGAGGCCCGGCGAGGUCCCCUGAGUAACCAGCAGUAACAUGGGCCAUUAGCGACUCCCUGAAGGAGAGAGUGCGUGGCUCUGGGGACGCCGCCACCUUCUCGAGAGCUUCUCUCGUUGAGCCGCAAGUGUUCCCGACUCUUUUUUGGCAACGGAAGGAAAAGAGAAAACAAAGGAAAGAGUAGAAAGAGACUGUUCUUUUGGACGUUUUUCAUAUUCUUUUAAGGUGGAGUCUAUCGCCUCAUGUGUAGCGGUUGGCAGGCCGAAGAAACUCGUCAAUAGAUAGAUAUUCAUCUUCCUGUUAUUGCUCUUUCCAUUUAUCUAUACUCCUCCUCAAUCUCCUCAUGACUUCCUAUCGUUUGCAUUCUGAAGGAUAAUGAAGAAGAAUAAAACAUCAGAGCGUCGUCAUCGUUGAUUGGCCGGCGCUGUGGGAGUCGAACACGGAGUUUCCCCUCCAAGGCGAUUAUCAUCACCAACACCCCCCCUGCGGGGUAACCACCCCUGGAAUUCCCCGUGUUCUGAUCGGCCGCGGUUCUCAUCGGAGCCGUUAAAGCAAUCCAUUUGAUCAAACAUUAGAGGGGAUGAUCUUGCCGAUCGAGGAAUAUAAUUCUAUCUAAUUAAGGCUCAUCAGGUCGCAAGCCUCUCAGAAGCCGGCACACUGAUCGCUUCUUCCUCACUCCUUCAACUCAGCCCCUAUCCCCCCUCCCUCACUCCUUCAACUCAGCCCCUGCCGAUUCCCUCCUUCACCGGCCGCUUCUCGUAACUCAUCUCCCAUUGGUCAAUCUGCUUGACAAAAGCGUGGAGUGACCUUUGUAUCGGCUACGCGUGAAGGCCACAGGGGGCGAGAGAAGCUCCACUGAUUGUCUGCGCGACUUUGGAGACUGUCGAGGCGCGGGAUUGGUUGCAGGGGCAAGAGAGAGGAGACCCUGUCUGCCUGCCUCCCUUCCUUGGCCGAGUCAACAAAAUUACUAAUUAGAGCGCCAAGGAGACACAUGAGGGAUGGAGAAGGAAGAGGGGCGAAAAAAAUUAUACUGCAAUUACCGUGAGGUAUCCAGGGGGAAAAUCCUCACAGAGGAAGAUUAGUCUGAAAGUUGCGAGUUUCCCUUCUGGUUUUAUGCCUGCACGAGAAGAGCCACGGAGACAGGGGGAGGCGGAGACGGCAGAGUCGUCGUCAGCGGCAGGAAGAGGAAAAGGAAGCAAGCCGUGAACCCACCCGCCGAACCAGACUGUUCAGGAAAAGUUUGUAAAAUUCUUGCGAAAAAUAGCCCGUUGCUCGCGUGUGUACCGCCGGCAGCGCGGUGUUUUUAGAUUAGUGUUUUUAUCUCUCGUCGGUGUGAAAGAGAAACCGAUCUCCGUGAGCCAGAGACGUCAACUAAUGUUGAGGAAAAGAACACUUGACGGGCAGCGUACCAAACCGGAAACUUGACCGGAAAAAGUUUUGUUGUAGGAAGAGUGAGGGAAAGGACAACGCGAAACUAAUGUUAACACUGAAAGAGAAAAUGAAGCGGCAACAAAAUAGGUAAAAUUCAGUGAUUAACUUUAUAUAUAACAAAAGACGGACGAUUGCCCUCUGGCCCAGGUGUAUCAGGAAGAAAAACGGGCGUGGCGCGGGUGUUUGUCGGUGCCUCUGUGUUUGAGCGCGUCGGGUAUCAGCGGCCACGCACAACUUACGAAGGCGAGGAAUCAAUCGGUAACGCGUUAGGAACUGGCUCCUGGUCUAGGAAUUGGCACGUCUCGCUCCCUUGGCUCGUGGCGUCGGCAAUAUAUCGCCUCCACUGACAACCUGACACCCCCACCUUGACGCUCUCUGGAAGGGACACAAAUUGGACAUCAAUAAAGCUCAACCCCAAGACGAUCCUGCCACCACCACCACCCACCCACCAUCAACACACCCACCACGAACACCUCAGCACGACUAAUGUGUGCACCGCGAAUCCUGCUGGCGGAUAUCAACACACACGCACGCAACAAAUAUCCUGCAGACUCAGGCGGGGAACAUUAGCCAUUAUAUAUGCCAUCUUUCUCGUGUCUCUCCCAAGGCGGUGCACAAAUCCGGCUCACUUUCUGAGCGAUAUGGAUGAUGUCGCGCCUCCAACCCAUCCCCGCUACACACGCAGCCUCAAGAACACGCGAAUAAACUAUCCGUGUCAGUGAGAGUCUGUGAGUGCCUCCACCCCUGCCCCGCCUAACACCCCGACUCAGGAACACGUGAAGAAACUGUCCGUGUCUGUGAGAGUCUGUGAGUGCCUUUCCGGCGUGUGGGACGUGUAACAGACGCACCUACUCUAGGCGGAGAAAAACAGGAAGUUAGAGAAUGGUAGUUUAAUGAAGAUAGUGACGUGAAGGCGUGUGUUAGCGCCUCACCUGUGCUGUGUCUGGGGGCGUGUACCUGUGCAUCGCUAACCGUUCACUGCCACUAGCAGCACCACUACCACCGCCGCCGCCCACAAUGCUGCCCUCGCCAGGACGCCUUCUCGCCCUCCUUGCCUGCUGCCUCGGCGUCACCCUCACCCCCGCUGCAGCUUAUCGUAAAGGCGUGUGGAGGCGCGUGGAGGCCGUUGUGGGGCGCGAGGCGGUGUUGCCCUGUGAAGUGGGUAACUUUGAGGCGUCAGACAUGGUGUACGUGGUGCUGUGGUACAGGAACGGCGACAAGGAGCCCAUCUACAGCUACGACAACCGGCCGGGCCGCCUGCAGGCCGCCGAGGAUCGCCACCUGGUCAAGAGUCGCCUGCUGCAGGGCCGCGCCACCUUCCGGCCGGGCCACCUGCCGGCGCUGCACAUCAAACCGGUGGAAAGCAGCGACCAGGCCAACUAUACCUGCAGGGUAGACUUCCGGAUAGCCACGUCGCGACGCACACACCUGAGUCUCCACGUGAUGGUGCCACCGGAACCACCCGUCCUGAGGGCCGGUGGUCAGCGGGUGACGGACGGGGUGUUGGGGCCGCUGCAGGAGGGCGGUGCCUGGGAGAUCACCUGCAGCGUGGCGGGCGGCGACCCUCCGCCCUCCGUUGUGUGGAGGCGGGACGGGGAGGUCCUGGACGCCACGUCGGAGUCCCGGUCCCCGGCACUUACGGUCAACCGGCUCAGCAUCCUCCGGCUCACGCGGGACUACCACAACGCCAGGCUCAAAUGCCUCGCCUACAAUAACAACGUCACCAGCCCCGCCAGUGCCUCCGUCACCGUCAAAAUGAACCUGUGGCCCCUGGUGACGAGGAUAGAGGCCCCGCCCAAGUGGCUUCGGGUGGGCCGCGAGUUCGUGAUCUCGUGCAUCGUGGCGGGGAGCAGACCACACCCCAACGUGACCUGGACGCUCGGCACGCCCACCAGCCUCACGCCCCUGCCGGCCGAGCUGGCCGAAGUAAGCACAUCUCCCUUCCUAGCUGAGGUAGCUGAGUUAGUUGAGGUAGCUUCCUAG